AUGACUGCAUCGUCACGGCCUCGAUACGAUAUCGCGCCAAUAUUGAAUCUUGCGCCGGGCAAGUCAUACCCAGUCGAGUCUACCAUAAGAGAUUGGCGCAAGGGCGAGUGA